CUGAUGAAUCCGCAACAUCAGCAACAAGAGGAUGGGGAGUUUGAUGUCGUCCCGGCGAUCGCGUCACAGGCGCUGAAGACUCAUCCAAUAUCGAACCCAGGGCCAGGCGGGCUAGGGGGUGGUAGGAACGGUAACUUCAACCCAACAGCUGGUGGCGGUG